UCCCAGCGCUUAGAAACCUUCCCCAUCAUCUCUACCUUCUUAUGCAUUAGAGCCCCCGGAGUUGCCUUCGAUUUGCAGCUAAGUCCUGCUUUCUUUCUCCCUUCCCGUUCUUACGUUUCAGUCCCUGUAGCUUCUUUUUUCCUUACAGUCUACUCCCCGUUCCGUUGCAAAUAAGCCCCUGAGCUCUGUCACAUUCUAGCCUCGACUCCUUGGUCUUGGGAGGAGUUCGUCGCAGAUCCGAUCUAGAGAGCCUCCCCGCACCACCCAUGUUUACCUUCCCCUUCCUCUGACGGCCGCCGUCCCCCGAUGAAGCUGCGCGUCCGCUGCCGCUCCCACUCCUUCUCCGUCGCCUUCCUCUACUGGUUCUACGACUUCUCAUGAACUCCUCGCCCCUCGACAACGCCGCAUCCAUCCUGCCUCUAGUUGAUUAGAUCCAGCUCCGUUUCUUCCCCUUUCCUGUCUUCUUCCUUCCCGCCAUCAAAGAAAAGAGAUCUUUUUCCUGGUUCUUGGAUCGAGAACCCGACCGACCAUGUCGUCGCCAUCGCGCCGGAGCUCCAGCCCCGAGAGCAACAUCGCCGGCGGCAGCGGCAGCGGCUCCGCCGGUGACGAGCGCAAGCGCAAGAGGAUGCUGUCCAACAGGGAGUCGGCGAGGCGGUCCCGCGCGCGCAAGCAGCAGCGGAUGGAGGAGCUCAUCACCGAGGCCAGCCGCCUCCAGGCCGAGAACGCGCGCGUGGAGGCCCAGAUCGGCGCCUACACGACCGAGCUGACCAAGGUGGACGGCGAGAACGCCGUGCUCCGCGCGCGCCACGGCGAGCUCGCCGGGCGGCUGCAGGCGCUCGGCGGCGUCCUGGAGAUCUUCCAGGUGGCCGGCGCUCCCGUGGACAUCCCGGAGAUCCCCGACCCGCUGCUCCGCCCGUGGCAGUCCCCGUUCGCGCCCCAGCUGGCCGCCGCCGGUGGCAUGCCCGACGCGUUCCAGUUCUGAGCCAAGAGCCGCCAAGACAUGUCAUGCCACUGCAUUGGACCACCAUGGAUGUGGUUGCUGCUCAUCUACUGCUGCUGAAGAAUACUAGUACUACCAGUUUGUUUGGUUCAUGUUUAAUUAUGGUUUGAUUCGUGUUGCUUAUGUAAUCCUAGACCAUUAUUAGUACUUAUUUUGUGAUUGUAAUCUUCCUAUGCUCCUAGCCAGUGGAUAUGGAUAAGAACAAUGUCAUUGAUGUGUGGGGGAGCGCAAAUGGAUUGUGCGUAUCUUUGGGUGAUUUGUAAUAACAUCUUGACAUGGAACCUAUAUAUAUGUUUGCAUCAAAUUAUUUAGGCAUGUGUUACUUUGGCAA